CUCCGUCUCCUCCCCCACAAUGCACCGCGACAGGCAGCCUUUGAAAAAGCGGCGCGGCUCCUUCAAGAUGGCGGAGUUGGAUCAGCUGCCUGACGAGAGUUCAUCAGCAAAAGCCUUGGUUAGUUUGAAAGAGGGAAGUUUAUCCAAUACAUGGAAUGAAAAAUUCAGUUCUUUGCAGAAAACACCCAUUUGGAAAGGCAAAAAUGCAGGAGCUACUGUAGAAAUGCCUUUCAGAAAUUCCAAACGAACUCGUUCCUUUUGUGAAGAAGAUGAAAGACAAAUUAAUACAAGAUCACCAAAAAGAAAUCAGAGAGUUGGAAUGGUCCCACAGAAAUUUACUGUAACAGUACCAACACCAGACAAAAAGGCGUCACAAAAGAUUGGUUUGCGGCUACGUAAUUUACUCAAACUUCCUAAGGCCCACAAAUGGUGUAUAUAUGAAUGGUUCUAUUCAAAUAUAGAUAAGCCAUUGUUUGAAGGAGAUAACGACUUUUGUGUUUGCCUGAAAGAAUCUUUUCCAAAUCUGAAAACAAGGAAAUUAACCAGAGUGGAAUGGGGAAAAAUUAGACGAUUAAUGGGAAAACCACGAAGAUGUUCUUCUGCAUUCUUUGAAGAGGAAAGGUCAGCAUUAAAACAGAAACGGCAAAAAAUUAGAUUACUGCAACAGCGAAAAGUGGCAGAUAUAUCUCAAUUUAAAGAUCUUCCAGAAGAAAUUCCAUUGCCAUUAGUAAUAGGCACAAAAGUUACAGCGCGGUUACGUGGUUCCCAUGAUGGACUCUUCACUGGACAGAUUGAUGCUGUUGACACUCUUAAUGCUACUUACAGAGUAACCUUUGAGAGGACAGGACUUGGGACACACACAAUCCCAGAUUAUGAAGUCCUCAGUAAUGAACCUCAUGAUACUAUGCCAAUUGCUGCCUUUGGACAAAAACAACGACCUUCUAGAUAUAUUAUGACACCUCCUCAAUUACAUUAUACACCUUCCCUUCAAUCACCAAUUACAGACAGUGAUCCUUUAUUAGGAUCUUCUUGGAAAAACAAAAUUUCAGGUUCAGAUAGUGAAACAUUAGGUGGUUUUCCAGUAGAAUUCCUUAUCCAAGUGACCAGAUUAUCAAAAAUUCUUAUGAUCAAGAAGGAACAUAUCAAGCAGUUAAGGGAGAUGAAUACAGAAGCAGAAAAAUUGAAAUCCUAUUCUAUGCCUAUUGGUAUUGAAUUUCAGAGAAGAUAUGCAACUAUUGUUUUAGAUCUUGAACAGCUGAAUAAGGAUCUAAAUAAAGUUUUACAUAAAGUUCAGCAGUAUUGUUAUGAGCUUGCUCCAGAACAAGGUCUUCAGCCUUCAGACCAUCCCACAGAUCUGAGACGAAGAUGUGAGGAAGAAGCUCAGGAGAUAGUCAGACAAUCAAAUACAUCAACAACUGGACAACCUUGUGUUCAAAAUGAAAAUCUGACAGAAUUGAUUGCUAGACUCACAACAAUAUUACUGCAGAUUAAGUGUCUAGCAGAAGGAGGUGAUCUAAAUUCCUUUGAGUUUAAGUCAUUAACAGAUUCAUUGAAUGACAUUAAGAAUUCUAUAGAUUCUACCAAUAUCAGCUGUUUCCAGAAUAAUGUAGAGAUCCAUGUUGCACAUAUCCAGAGUGGCCUCAGCCAAAUGGGAAAUUUACAUGCUUUUGCUGCAAAUAACACUAACAGAGACUGAGAGAAACAUUUAUACUCCAAGUGUACAGAAUAUAGUAGAGGAAAAUGCUUGGUGUGUAUGCUUUACCAAAUAUUCUACCAACUGGAAGACAAAGGAAGAAAGGAUAUUUUGAGAGUGUUUGUACUACUUUUGAAGAAACCAGCAUAAAAUUACCAGCAUUGCUAUGGACUUCAUCACUUGCUAUGCACAUAAUAUUAUCUUGUUUUAACAGCUAAACUUUAGUUGUAAUAUGUGUGUGUGUUUGUUGUUUUAAACUGAAAGUUAUGCAGACACGUUUUUAUAACAAAGGAAAACCUAAAUAUAGUUGCAGCAAAUACUGGCAACUAUACUAGAAGUUUUUGAAAACAGUAAAACUAAUAUGACAAGUUGAGAGAUCAUAUUAGUAAUUUCUUCUUAUUGGAAACAUGAUCGCUCAUACUGUGACUUAAUAGCUUUUUGAUUUUAGCCUCUGAACAGUAUGCUAAUUGAUAAAGCAGUAUAUAUAUUCCUGUGUUUGAGAAAUAGCAGGAUAACAGAAUACCUGAAGGAAUAAUAGCAAAUAUAGAUUACUAUUGUACACUUGUGGAUACUGGGAAUCCCUGUAAAUCAGUUAAUAUCUUUGGAAUAUUUAAUUUAUUAUAACUUAUAAAAGUAAUUGAAUGAAGGAAUAGAAAAGAAGACUAUAAGUUUUUUUAGUUAAGAUAUUUCACACAAAUAACUGGUAGUACUUUCCACUGAUUGGUUUGCACAAUUUAAACUAAACCCCUGGUUAUCAAGCAAUUCAUAUAAUUUUAUAAUGCAAUUGGAUAGCCAGUCCUCCAAACUGCCUUAAAAACUAAAGACCCGAGGAGUGUAGAAAAAUGUUGAUCUUGUAAAAAGGGUGUAUUGAGUUGUUAUAUUUAGUAUAACCUUGUAAAGCUUCAGUGUAAGAAAUUGUUUUCAGAUUAGAAUUUUCAGAUAGCUGUAGCAAUGUUUUGAUUCCUUAGUACCUCAUAAAAUGAGGUCUUUUGUAUGUUAAUGUAUAAAGAAAAUGUAAACAAUUAUUUUCAAUUUAAAAUUUUGUAUAGUUUUAAAAAUGAAUCUAUAUUCUGUGUCUGCAUUUAUGCUGCUUCAGAAUUUAACUGCAAAGUCUAUAUUUAGCAAAGCCUGUUCUUUUAAGAAAUGCAUAAAUUUUAUUCUCAUUAAGUGAUGAGAAGGCUGCAGUGUUUUACAAAAGUUGGAAACCAUUUUAAACAUGAAAAGGUUGAAAUAAUUUUCAGAAAUGAAAUAACUGUGUUCAGAAAUGCAUUCUUACCUGAUAUGGAGAUGUAAGGCAAAAAAUUCUUAAGACUGGGAAAAAUGUGUUUAGUGAAAGUUUGAUGAGCCUUAUCAGGAAGGCAUUACAUUAAACCAAAAGGAGGAGACAGAAA